UGCUGCUGCUGCUGGAGUUCACAUUCACAAACGGUUUUAGUGUAAUUUCGGCUGCGCGGCGUGUUAGUCUCCACGUCGCUCUGGGGACCCGGGACAACAAAUUGCCAUAUCCAAGUGUCUUGAGCGCGCGUGUGUACGUGAAUGUGUGUGUGCGUGCGUGCUUGCUGGCGUGCAUGAGUGUGUGUGUGUGUCGUGUGGCAUCGUAUCUGUGUGCUACGUCGUGCUCCAGCUGUCAGCGGAGUCGUUGUCAGUCCGUCGCACCGUAGCACCGUCGCCGUCGCCGUCGUCGUUGCCGUCGUCUGUUGCUCUUCGCGGUCGCAUCUACAAGUUUUUCCUUUAUUUUUUUUUGGGAUUUUUUUGUUUUUUUUUUUUUUAGUAUUUGCUGCGUCGCGUUGCGUUUUCUACAAUUGCUUGAGUGUGUGCACGUUCCCAAUUUUUGCAGUGCCAAAAACAGAAACAGAAGCUGAAAAAAUCUCUCUCACACACACACACACACGCAACAUUUUUGACCCACUGAUGUGGACCAAUAUAUCGGAGAUGGCCACCCGAACUGGAUAUAGUUGGAUGGCGCUGGCCUAGAAACCUCAGCGACGAGCAUUAUGCGCUGCCAAUAUUGAAGUGGACAGACAGACGCACACAGCAUUACACAACACUGCCUAACACAACACUACACUGUACAUAUAGUAUACAGCGGCUGUGCGUUCUGUACAAUGGUCAUCCAGUGCACAUGCGAUUGCGAUUGCAGUGACAGAGACAACCGCAGCUUCUGUUUGCCACGCUUAACGCUGCGACAGCAACGACAACAAAGUGCCACGCCCCUUGAUGCUGGCAAUGAUAUGGAGCAUCGGUUUCCAUACUAUCGGCGUCUAUCGAAUACCUCAUCAGCGCUAUACGGCAGCUGCCCACAGUUGCUGCCCGUUGGCCAGCCUUGCCACGGUCCGAGUCAGAGUCAGAGUCAGAGUCGCAGCCUGGAGCAGCAGCAGGAGCAGCAGGAGCUGAGGCCAUAUUCGAGUCUGGUGCGCAGCAAGCACAGAAGCUCCGUGCUGUGCAACAAAUGUGCACUGUGACGAAGAUACAACCUAAGCUGUGAGCAUCCAGAACCACAACAACAACAACCGCAACUACAUUCGUAUCCGCAACAAGCCCACAACAAGACAACAGCAGCAGCAGCAGCAGCAACAACAGCUGCAACAGCAGCUAGCCCCAAGCCGAGGCAGGAGGCAGCUGCCACACUGAGUACGCCGCGUUAUUUGUGCACCGAGUGCCGCUUUAACAACCAGCCGCUGGCCUGGUGGGUCUCAUGUCCGCGUCUCUCCAAUCUGCCCACUGAACAGCCUCAAAUGCCAACGCCAGCAAUGCAGCCGCCACCACCGCCGCCGUUGCUGCAGCCACAUCACUGCCAUGGCACAAAUCCGGCGCGCUUUCCACUACAAGCCAAUGCCAAGCGGCAUUGUGACAAUUUUGGCAGCUAUGCCACAUUGCCCACCAUCGAGCAGCAGCAGCAGCAGCAGCAGCUCUAUGCAAAUGCAGCCACAGGCUACAGUCGACAUUGCGCGGCUUCAAUGCCACCGCCGCAUCAUGAGCCUGCUCGUUGGUAUGCGCCGAGCAAUGCCAAUCCCAAUUUGAAUGCCUGUUGUUACAUGUACAAUCCCAUGCCCCACUACGGCCCGCAGCUCUGCGUUUGCGAUAAUUGGUAUCACCAGCAGCAACACCAGCAGCAACACCAGCAGCAGCAGCAGCAGCAGCAGCAGCACAGGAGCAUCCCGCCGCCGCCCAAGCCACUUUUGCCCAAUGGCGGCUGCUAUUUGGGCUUUGAUGCUGCUGCACACCACCCUAGCCAUAUAACCGAUGAAGAGGACUCGGCCUUUCCAGCACUCGCCGAUCGUGAGUUUCAUCUGUUGCAUCGCAAUAUUCCGGCACUGCGUCGCACCGGUGUGGACACAACACGCAUACGACAGUACUUUUAUCCGGAUGGCGGCUGGGGCUGGAUCAUCUGUGGCGUCUCCUUCCUGGUCCACAUCCUAACCACUGGCCUCCAGCUCAGCUAUGGCCUGCUGUUGUUCUAUGCCGUUCAGCAUUUGCAUAACACAAGCGGCAUCGAACUAUUGGGCGCCCUGAGCUGGUCCGUCUCGAUGCUGGCCAUACCGUUUGUGGUGUCGUUGUGCCGGAAGCGUUCCAUACGCCUCCUCUCGAUUGUGGGUGGCCUGGUGAUGCCGCUGGGCAUUCUGUUCACUUCAUUUGCCACGGAAUUCGGUCAGGUUGUUUUCAGUUAUGGCAUCGUAUUCGGCAUCGGAGUUUCCAUGGUGCGUGAAGCUUCUACCGUGAUGCUGGGCAAUUACUUUAAGCGUCGGCGGCAAUUCGUCGAAAUGGUGGCCAUGUCCGGCGAGGGCGUUGGCAUCGCUUUGUUCUCCGUCAUACUGAAAGAGGGCGUGGGCAAGGCUGGCUGGCGCCUGGGCCUGCAAAUCGUUGCCGCUCUAACGGCGCUCAGCUUUUUCAUGGGUCUCAUGUACCGACCCGCAUCCCUCUACCAUCCGCAACGUCGCGCCAUCCAACAUCUGAAGAACCAGCGCAAAAAGCUACGCGAGAAGAAGCCCAAACUCACGCAGGAGGUGGAGUCACCCACGAGAUAUUUAUUUUUGGACAUAUCAUCGCUAAAAUCCGUGACAGUUAAGAUACUAUUGAUGACCUCCAGUGUGGCUGCAUUCGGCAUCUAUACGCCCAUGUUCCUUAUGGCCCUCAAUGCUGCCAAGGAGGGCUCCGAUGUGCAGGAGCUGGUCCUGCUGCAAACUUUUUUGGGCAUCUCCAUGGCUCUGGGCGUUGUGCUGGCCGGCGCUCUUCUGCGUCGCUGCUUUGUGAUCAGACAAUUUGUGAUCAAUACCAAGAUUGUUUCUCAGCUGUUUAUAUCCAUUGUUGCACUGGCCAUAUUAUUUCUAUCCUUUGUGAUGGGCUACAAAGGACUGUGCAUACUCAGCUGGCUCUAUGGCAUUGGCCUGGGCGGCUUUCAGUACUCGCUGAAGAUUUUGGCGCUUGAACGCAUCAAGCUGAAGCAUUUCUCCAAGGCCUGGGGUUUUAUACGCGGCGUCCAGUCGGUGCCCGUGCUCAUUAGCGUGCCCCUCACUUCCUUUCUUAAUGAUUAUUCGCUGAAGUAUGGGCGUGCCGGCUAUUAUAUUUGCUCGGCGGCGGCCGCCAUUUCGGGCAUCAUCAUCUUCUUCAUCAGCGAGCCACAAGAGCAACAGCAGCAGCAGCAGCAGCCGCCGCGUGGACAUCUCAAUGGGCAUCUGCCCACGCCCAUGCUGAUGCGCCACUCGUCGGCGCGACACCAUCGCCCGAAUCUGCCUUUGGACUAUGGCUAUGGCGACUAUCCGGCACCCGAUCUGCUCAGCCGCAGCUGCAUCAGCCUCAAUCAAAUGGAGCCAUAUUUACAGGCCACAAAUUCCCACUACUGUCAACGUCACAUGCAUCAGCAGUCGCAUUCGCAUCUGUCGCAGCAUCAUCAGCCGCCUGUCCAGCAUACGCAUUCGCAUUCCCAUCCUCAUACGCAUACCCAUACACAUCCCCAGCAGUUGGCCUGCCACAAUCUGGACAUGCAGCAGGCCAACCGCACGCCCUACCAGCUGGGCCAGGGCAGCAUUGGCGCCAAGAUGGGCAAGCGCCUGCAGCGGAGUCUCUCCUUCAUCCAGCAGCACAACUGCUGCGAUGGCCAGAUGUACUGCAGCUGGCACAGCACCUACGAGCUCGGCUGCCGCAAGUCUCCCAAAUCUCAGGACAGGCAGCCACUCAUAUGCACUUGCAGCCCCAAUUCCACCACAUAUGGUGGCGGCAGUUCGGCACGCAGUCGCAGCGUGCCGGAGGGCCUAUCGACCAUGUCGCAGCAGUGUAACUGCCGUCAUGGGGCAGGCGUGGCAGCCGUGGCAGCGCCCUCCCGUGAGUUUAUCUACGUGCCGCACGCCUACGCCUCGCUGCAGCGGACGCCACAUCGACAGAGUCGUCACAUGCCUGGAACAGGAGGAGACGGAGGCGGAGGAGGAGCUGGCGCCGCAGCUGGCACCGGAGCUGGCAGCAGCUGUCAGGCAGCCAGAGGCAAUCCGCAGUGCCGGCUUAAGCGUUCGCAGUCGCUGUGCCGACCCGUUCACUUUGUGGAACAAAUCACCACCUCCGUGUAAGGGGGCGGGGGCGUGUCCGCAGCCACUUGGGCAGUAGAAUCGCAUAGCAUAUUUUGUAGUUGUACUCCAGUUACGUGAAUCGAAUUCCGAAUUGUCACAUCUUUCUAGUCUUUUGUCGUAGUUAGUAGCACGUAUAGUCCAAGUCGAAGAAGUCGAAGCAUUAACCGAAAUCCCACAAGCAAAAAGCAAGAAACAAAAAAACAAAAUGAACGCAACUCGAUGAAUUUUCUAAAUCUAUAAACCUAUUAUUAAAAACAAUACUAUUCUAUGCGGUUUCGCCGAUUUCUAAACGUAAACAUAGAUUUAUAAAUAAUACACACACUCCCACACACCUACACACACACACAGUUAGCAGACGAAAAGCUUUAUCAUUGUCUCAAACAAAAGUAUUUAAAUGAACUUUGCUACCAGGCAAUAUUUUCAUAACAAAAGAAAACACAACAACAAUAAAAGAAUAAUAAAGAUUAACAAAUGAAUGAACAAAGAGACCGCCAAGCAGGUGGAGAGAAAACAUAUUAAAUGGUCCAUUUUUAAAAACGUACACAUACAAAUUAUCCACCGAUACCAAUACGAAAUAUAUAUACUCGAGUCGCGGCAAUUAUACGGCCGACGGCACAGUUUCUAUAUAUAUUUUUUUUCAUUUUUCCACUUGUACUUUAUUUUUAAAUUAAAUAUUCCAUAUACGUUUAAGAUGCAUGAGAAACUCGAAAGUGAACAGAAUUGCACAGAAUUUUACAAAAUAUAUUCCACACUUUUUGCCAUUUUACCAUUCGUUGUGGGGAUUGAGCCUUAUUUUUAAAUGGAGCGCGCAUUGAGAAAAUAUGUAAUAUUCAUUAUUAUAAUGAGAUCAUAUGAUGUCAUAUGUUUUUAACUGCAAUUGCAAGCACAAUUUCUGGCAUAAGUCAACCGCAAUUGUACAAUGCGCAAACAAACAAAAAAUAUUUCACAAUAAUACAUAUACUGAACGGAAUAAAUUAAAAGCCAACUUAUAAUAAUUACUCUAUAAUCUUAAUAGGGACAUAUGUGCAAAUAUUGAAACAAAUAAUUAACGAUAUGGAGCGAAAAUUAAUAUUUGAAAAAAAAGGAAGAAAAAUUUGAAUUAUAAAUUCAACAAAUGAACGAGGCAUAAAUUCAAUUAUAUUUAACAUAAGUAUUAAAUUCAUUAAAUUAAUGAAUGCCUAAAUACAAUUUUAACAUGAUGAACUCAUAUAUCUACGGUUUACCGAAGAUCAAAUACCCUUGCAGACAAAUUAGCUGGAUAAGCCUCUUGGGAGUAAAGAGAUUAGAUCUUUGGCAAAGCUUUGUCAACAGGUUUCUGAUUAAAUUCCAGAAGUUUGAGUUCUUUAAUGUUAUUUUCUAGGUAACGAACGAUAAAAUGCGUAAUAUAUAUGGGCUUAUGUUUCCAGAUCAGGCAUAUAGACAGAUAAAUCUUUAUUUAACUGAAAUAUGAGAAAAGCAAGACAUAUUAACUACCAUUCACAAGAGUAUAAUGCUCAAAUGUACAUGCCCUUAAAUCUCUUAGAGGAUAGUAAGCCGUUAAUUUUGAUUUAUUUUUAAUUGGUUUUAGAUUACGAAAGAUGAAAAAGCUGCUAUGUGAGAUAUAUGUAGAUGAAAGAGCUUGGAAAAAUGUUCUUUCAAUUAAUCUAACUUAUUGAUUUUUGCAGGAAAAAAGCAGAGGUUUUUCGAAACGCCAAUAUACAAAGUAUUUAAUAUUUAUUCAAAUUGUUGCCGCUUUGUUCACUAUGCAGCUCUCUCAUUGUAGAACCUCUGUUAGAUAAAAUAUUAGUUGCUUUAAUCACAGAUUUAUAUAUUUAUUAAUCGAUACUAAUGACAGCAUUUAAUGCAGCUAGAUAAUUUAUUGCUGAGCAUUAAGCGCACUCUGCAAGGGUAUCAUUAAUAAGGAAUUACAAAUUAUGAAAUUGCCUUGGGCAACGACUAACUGCCAAAAUAUGCAAUAAAAAAAACAAAUUAACUAUUAAAUAAAUGUCAGGCGAAAGCUGAAAAUUGCGAAAUCAUAAAACCUAAUUAACCAUAAAUUGCGCUCAAAACUAUAAACAAUUUGAAAUGACUUUACCUUUUCUUGUGUCCUCUCUUCUGUGUUCUGUUGGUGCCACAAAAAUUUGCGCCGUUUGUGUUCAGCGAAAAGCUUGCAUAAAUUAAGCAUAAAUUAUUUUAGUCACACACACGCACACACAUACACACACCAAUCAUGCAUAUCUCAAUGCCCCAAUCUAAAAAAAAUACUAUUUCAAUUUGUCAACUAUUUAACUUAAGGUACAAUUGUAGCUAAACAAAUUUCCAGACGGCAAAAAAAAAGAAUAAAUUAGCUAUGAAAAUUUUGAACUAAA